GAAUUAGCUCAAUCCUCGCUGGCGAGGUCGUCUCCGAUUUUUCUUUUGCACGCACCAAAGUCACAGAGGCUGAAAGUAAAGAAUUAAGCUAUGUCGUCGACUGCUUCUCCUGACUCAGGAGAAGACCUGGUCGAGCUGACUCCAGUUUUUCGCGAUGGGAAAGAUAUACAGAGGAAAUCUCCAAAGGUGUAUGAUUCAGAGCUCUGCAUGUUAGCCUUACCUCCAGGAGAGCAUCAGCUACUGACGAGAGUAACUCAAUAUCUCUUCACUUGUGGAAUCAUUCCUGUUGUAGUCAAAAGCCCCACUGAAGCUCUUAUACAUAGCAGGCACUCCAAGUUUGUAGUGAUAGUUUUGCCGGACAGUGAUCCUACCCUGAUCAGAAAAGUUAGGUCAGCUGAUGGCAUCAACUGUCAAACACCAGUGAUUGUCAUUUCAGUGGCUGAUAUUUUACCAGAAAGCACUUUGCACAUGUUGGGCAGAAAUGAGAUCCAAGAAGCAAUCCAUAGAACAUCAGAUCCUGAAAAGUUUGAAACUGAUUUGAUAACAGCCUUAAGUCAUUUCAUUAGGCAGACUCACCAUACUGUGGACCAGGGACUGUCAUUGUUACCCAUGCCAGUCCCAGUCUGUUGGAGUACUGCACCUUUGCAGUAUACCUCAGCUCUUGCACACCCAUUUGAACAUCCAGAGGGAACAGGUUUGACGACUGGUUUAGUAAAUUAUGCACCAAGAAAGCCAAUUCUUACUCAAAUUCAAGAUCUCAGUGAAAAAAGGUUCGUAGACCAAGUUCAGGAAUCUAGGAACCUAUUGGUAAGUGGCCAGACUGUGACUCAAGUCAUGAACCAAGGACUGGCUACUCCUAAAGCCCCUCCUUCUAUGGGACUUGGUACUCAAGAAAAUUCAGAAGCAGUGUUACCUGGUAUUGAGACACUUUUGAAUGCCAUUCAAGUGGUGGAAGGUGAAUCUCCAGCCACCGAUAAUGAAGCUCCUUGUUUCACAAAGAUCACAGCUCUUAAUGCUCCUGACUCUGUUAAAUCAAGGUUAGUUUGCGUUCGAGUACGUCGCAGGGGGACUCGUCGAUCUUCAACAGAGUCUCGCCCAAGUGCAAAAACAACUAAAUCGGAUACUGAAGCAGAAGAAUCGCUUAACGACAGCAAGAGUCCGUUACCAGCCUGUUUGGCCGGGAAGAAACCUUAUUUCCUGUCACUCGAUACCUACAGAGAGGCCUUGGCUGAUGACCCGAACGCAAAUCCUGUGGACAGGCACAAUUCUAAAGAAAGGCACAGAAGAAUACGAAUCACUAAAGCCGCAGAAUUCUUCAAAGCAGUCAUACCAGGCAUGGAACCAAACAUGGACAAGGCCACAGCUUUCCACCUUACAGUCCAGUAUAUGGUUUUCCUACGGAAUGCACUUAGACAGCAGGAUCCAACAGUCAUUCCCAAACUUCACGAGACGUUUAAACAGGAAUGGUGUAAGGUGUUCAACAUGAAUGCCCCUCCCGAUGCUAAUUAACAGUAACAACGCAC